AUGGCCGAUAUCUCCUCGCCAAACGCCAAUUCGUCCGACUGGAACUCUCCAUACCACAACCAGCAAAGCGCAAAUGUAUCAACGAACUCUCCCUUUCCGGGCUAUUCCAAUAGCCCCUACCUCCCGCCCAUCUCGUCGACCGUCUCUCCCGGGACGCUGCCAAGUAUCGUGAAGGAUAAACCGGAGUUCUACGACGAGCAAGAGAUCGGCCCGUUCAGCACGAACUACAGCGACCUUACAAACACCGACAUCCCCGUCAUGCAGCCGUUAGGGGGCCAAAUUCAAACGAGCCAUUUUACUAGCAUCAACGACCAGCCAAGCCUCCUGAGGCCACCGAUAGCCGAAAAGGACUCCUGCUCGCCUGCAACUUUGGACCAGAGACCAGAUGUAUCAACAGACUCUUCUGUGCAGGGUUUGGAAUCACCACGAGUGCCUUCCCGUCGGCGCAUGCCGCCGUCUCCGACUGGUCCAUCUCGCCGUAGCCGUCGUCUGCCGUCAAGCAUGCUGGGCACGCCCUCAUUCUCCAAGGCCCCGCCUUUCAGCAGCCACAUCGAAGAGGCCCGCCGUUCCUUGCGGGUCGGCCGUCCUAUCGCUGUCAGCACUGAUUCAUCGCAUGUGGAGACGCACAACAACGAGGACGAGUACGUGUAUGAGUAUGAUGACGAGGAGGAUCAGGAGCAGGGUGAGAAACAGGAAGACGAUAAUGAGACGAAGAACCUCUGGGAAAAUGAGGGUGUGGAUGGCGACCUCGCUCCUCUGGCGCUGGGGGGUCCUGCAAUUGGCAAGUUGCAGCAACAGCGCCGGGAUCAAGCGGGCUUCGGCGACGAACAGCAACACCAAGUGGUCGAUGGUGAUCGCGACAGCGGCACCACCAACUUCCAAGAUGACUUCGAGGCCGCAAUGAAGCAGGCGCUGGAGAGAAAGGCAGAGGAAUUGAUGGAAGAGGCCAGACGUGAGGCAUUGCUCGCCGUGCAGAGGAAUCGCAACCGUUACGUCGACUCGGAGUUCGAAGAUGGCAGACCGUGGAAGAAGCCGCCCACAAACCAUGGCAAGAAGGCCGCCGGGCCAUCCACGAGGGAGACGCCUUCACGUUCAAUCCAAUCUGUUGCAUCUUUCGACCCAGCACAUCUUCCUAGUGCUGCUUCUGUGGCACCGCGCAAGGAGCAAGACGCCCCUCCCGCCAGCUCCUCCUCCACCUUUACUCGCCGUGAUGGCAUCCCCAAGAAGAAUGUUCGCUUCGAGAUCCCGCCUGAGCAUAGCCUACACAACAUCGACCAGCUCAUUGCUCAGUCCACCAACGCGGAAGAGAUCAAGGACUUAAAGCAGCAGAAGCGUCUCCUCCGCAACAGACAGGCUGCGUACGACCCCUCCUUUCGAGUUUAA